AUGCAGCAGCAGCCGCCGCCGGCGUCGGCCCCCACCACCGGCCCGCGCCCGGCCUUCGCCCGCCCGCUCCCGCCCAACGCCGGCUCCUUCACAUCGUCGUCGUCGUCGUCAUCGCCGCCGGCCUCCGCUUCCGGGUCGCCCGCCAGUUCGCCGCUGCCGCCGCGCCCGCUGCCCUCCCUCGUGCGCCGCCAGCAGUCCUUCUCCUCCCCACACUCGCCGUCGCCGUCGCCGCAGCAGCUCUCCCUGUCUUCGUCUCUGUCCACAACCUCGUCGACGUCGUCGACAACCGGCGCCGGCCCGGCGCCGACGCGGCCUCUCCAGACCAGCGGCGGCAGCACCGUCACCCGCCCGCUGGCCCCGCUGCCGCGCGCGCCGUCGUCCGAUCUGCCCCCACGCCCUCGCCCGGCUCCACCCGCCCGCCGCCGGCGGCGGCGACGCGCCAUCAUCGGAGUCGUCGACGUUGUCUUCGUCGGCGUCGUCAACGUCGACACAGCAGCAGCAGGUGGUGUCGCCCAGGCAGGGCUCGACGAUCGUCGCAGGCAAAUCGCCGCGGCGGCCGCCCAAUCUGUUGUCCCCGCGCGGCCCGCUGCCGCCCACCCCGCCCGGCGGCCCGCUGCCACCCUCCCCGCCGCCCUCGGCCGCCGGCGAUGA